GGCGCGUCCGGAUUAUAUUUGUUAGUUGGUUGCGCUCGUCUCCGAGUUCGAUCUGUCGGUAGGUUUUCCUCCCCCUUCUCCCUUCCGCGACCAAUUUCCUGCUCGAUCCGAUCCGAUCCGAUCGCCAUGGAUAAGAAGAUCAUCCUCAAGAGCUCCGACGGCGAAGAGUUCGAGGUGGGCGUGGCGGUCGCCAUGGAGUCGCAGACGAUCAGGCACAUGAUCGAGGACGAUUGCUUCGAGAACGGCGUCCCCCUCCCCAACGUCACCUCCAGGAUCCUCGCCAAGGUCAUCGAGUACUGCAGGAAGCACGUUGACGCCGCCUCCAACUCCUCCGGCGACGCCUCCAAGGUCCCCGACGAGGAGCUCAAGGCCUGGGACGCCGACUUCGUCAAGGUCGACCAGGCCACCCUCUUCGAUCUCAUUCUGGCUGCAAAUUAUCUGAACAUAAAGGGGCUGCUGGAUCUUACCUGUCAAACCGUGGCGGACAUGAUCAAGGGGAAGACGCCUGAAGAGAUCCGCAAGACCUUCAACAUCAAGAAUGACUUUACCCCCGAGGAAGAGGAAGAGGUGCGGAGGGAAAACCAGUGGGCGUUCGAGUGAUCUAUUGGUGUGCCUACCUUUAGUCAAACCUUAUCAUAUCUAGUGACAAGGCAAUUAAUUACUCACGGUCUGUAAUUAGGUUGGAUUAUGAACAAAAUGUGAGAAGACUUGAGAAACUGUCAAUUGGGACACCAUAAAUUUGCUUUUUAGUUUUCAUUGCAUGCACAGUAAUUAGCUAUUAUUAUGAUUUGAUCCCUGGAUUUUA